AUGGACAACACUGCAGGAGAAAGACUUGCAAAGUUUGAGAUAAACGGCGCCUCCAUUUUGAUUGUUUACGAUCCCAAACCCACUCCAAAGGGAAUUGAGGAUACGUCAAUUCCCUUGCUUCAGGAUGAAGAUGAUUACAUUCCAUCCAAGCUUCCAGUUUACUCUUCUUGCCCAGACCAGACGUUUCCUCAUCACCUGAGAACGAUUGCGAUGGUGGAGGGAGGUGCACAGUCUAGAAACAACCUUAUUUUUAACAAACGGAUUCCCAGCCCUUCUAAGGACGUCUCACUUUCAAAUGCUGGAGUUAAGGAAUGGUUAGAGGUGUCUAAUCAGGCAAGCUUGACAACUACUUCUAACUUAAAUGCAGGUGUCUCUCAAAGGUCUCAAUCUUGUUGGAUGCAUCCACCUCCGGGUUUUCUAAAAUGUAAUGUUGAUGCGGCUUAUGAUCCUGCUACUCGUAACACUACAGCUGGUUGGGUUAUCAGAGAUGAUAAGGGGGCUGCAAAGUAUUGGGGAUCAGCCAAUUUGGGUAUUUCGUCUUCUCCAAUUGAAGCUGAGGGGAAAGCUCUGCUUGUAGCUAUUCAAAACACAUAUAUGAUGAGCUUUAGAUCUGUAAUCUUUGAAGGAGACUGCCAGAACCUUGCUAAGAACCUCAACAAUGAGGAGAAGGACUACACAAUUCACAACCUGUGCAAAAGAGAAAUUGAGAGAUGGGGAGCCAAGUUCCACAGAGUCCAGUUCAAGAACGUUAAAAGGCACUGUAAUGAAGUGGCUCACUGUUUGGCAAAGAAUGCCCCUCCAAACUCUUUUUUCUACUCUGACUAUAAAUUUCCACCUUUAUGGUUGUCUCAUGCUCUCCAUAAGGACUAUGUAAUUUCGAAUAUUCAGGUUUAA